AUGGCUCCAGCAUCUGAGGAAAGUUCUAAUGCUAGUGAUAAUUCUAUUGUUGCACCUUCAUCUCCCCUGUAUCUCCUUCCCUCUGAUUCUCCUGGCACGAUUUUGGUUACUAUGACUUUUAAUGGGACAUUAUAUGGGAGUUGGAGAGGGGGAAUAUUGUUAGGUUUGUCCUGUAAAAAUAAAUUGGGAAUGAUCAAGGGUACUAUUCCAAAACCUAGGCCUACUUCUCCUCAUUUUGAGGCGUGGAUUAGAUGUUAUGACAUGGUUGUAGCUUGGAUCCUUAAUAGUUUAGACAAGGAAAUUAGAGAAACUGUCAUGUAUAUAGAAUCUGCUGAGAAGUUUUGGAAGGAAAUUGAGCAGAGAUUUGGACAGGGUUCUUCUAGUAUCUCCUCGUAUUUCAACAGGAUUAAGAAACUAUUGGAUGAGCUUUUUUCUGUUGCAUAUCCAGACUGCGUUUGUGGUUUCAAAGAGACUUUUCAGCGUUUAGAUGAGGAAUAG